AUGUCGCUCAUCGCAUUAGCGCUCAGAAAAGGUAUGACAUCAGCUGAGGUGGACUCGGCAGUUGUGACGACUACCAAGGACUCCAUCGAGCCGCAACUCCCAGAUUCCGGAAAUGUUUCCGUCAGCGAAAUCACCGAGGCGGACUCAACAACCCUCAAGAUUGAACCGCAGGAGGCAAUAUUAACGUUGACCAUCCAGCCCGGUAAUGGAGAACCAUUUGAUCUUCAGGUCAAUAAUGCCGAAAUGGUACAAGAGUUGCACCAGUUGCUGCUAGAGCGGGAGUCAACAUGUCACAGAACUUGCUUCAGUCUUCAGUUUAACGGUAUCAGCCUAGACAACUUCACAGAAAUUCGAGCUAUAAAUGGUCUUGUCGACGGAUGUGUUCUACAUGUCGUAGAAGAGCCAUAUACAAUUAGAGAGGCUCGCAUUCAUAUUCGUCAUGUUCGUGAUUUGAUACGUCAGAAUGACCAAGCAGAAGCUGCAUCAGCAGUUGACAUGAGUUCACUCUCUUUCCUACCUUCCAUUAACCUCCAAGAAAGAGGAGACAGAGACAAACCAUUUGAUGGACUUCCGCCCGACUAUGUGUUACCUGGAACGAAAGUUGUUGGAAUGACACAGAGAGGAUUUCAGGAACGUUCACUUACUCCGAUGCUCACGCAAAUACCCAGAGUAAGACCUGCUUUACGAAAUAUGGGAAUUUCAUCGUUUAAUCCGCCAACUGGACAUAGAAAAUUGAAGGGUGAUAUUCUGUACCUCUUCGUAGACAUUCUUGAGAAGCGUCGUCUCCACAUUACUUGCUGUACGAAAGGUUUCUUCGUUAACUCGUCAACUGACGAGGUGUUCAAUCCACAACCAAGCACUCAAAAUAAGGCUAUUUGUCACAGUCUUGUUGAUCUUCUUAAUGCCGUUAGUCCAGCUUUCAAAAAGGCAUAUCCUACACUAAUAAAGAGACGUAAUGAACGCCACAUGCUCGACAGAUUGCCCACACCGUAUCCGGUAUUUUCAUGGUUAUCACCAGUACAGGAGGUUUUAGAGGAUUCUAUUCGUGGUGAAGAUGCACUUCUACCCUAUCGUGUUGGUUUCGAAGAACAUCUACCGGGGCAAAUUCGCGACUGGAAUGAGGAGCUUCAAACGACACAUGAGAUGCCUCGGACAAGUCUCUCUGAACGGCUCACCAGAGAUAGGAGUGGUGCUAUAGCCGUUGUUGAAGGUAACGUAGUGGCUAUCAAUCCAGCUGAUGAACCAAGAACGCAUAUGUUUAUAUGGAAUAAUAUCUUCUUCAGUCUUGGUUUCGACGUGAAGGAUCAUUACAAAGAGCUCGGAGGUGAUGCAGCUGCAUUGGCAGCGACUUCUGCUGACUUGCAAGGUGUUCGAGCGUACGCAGCAAUCGACAAUUCUAAGCUCUGUACACUAGGAAUGGCAGUUAUUGAUUACAGGGGUUACCGAGUAACGGCACAGAGUAUAAUACCAGGGAUCUUGGAUAAAGAACAAGAACAGUCUGUUGUUUAUGGCUCCGUGGAUUUUGGUAGAACAGUGGUAUCAUCCGAGAAGUAUCACGAACUUUUGGAAUCGUCUGCUAAAGAGCUUAAACUUUUGCCUCAUGAAGUCGUCAUUGACAACAAAGGCAAUACUGUUAAACUUUUCACUAGUUAUGAAACAAAGGGUAUCAUUGGGAAUGAUGGUCGCUACUAUGUGCUUGAUUUGCUGCGAACAAUGCCUCCUGAUGUGCACUACCUGCAGGAUGCUGAGGUGUCGGAGAAAGCUAAGACACUUGGAUUUCCGCGUUCAUUUCCGCACAAACUUGCUACACUACGUCAAGAACUUGUUGAACAUUUCCAUGAGUCAGUUUUUGGUGUCGUUUCAAGCAAUGUCUUGUCUCGUUGUCUGCAGUUUAUCAAGAUUGCGGCGAAUCACGUUAGACAGCACCUCGCUGCAAGCAAGGAUGAUCAGGAUACACACGAUAUUGAGAAUGAAGUGACUCGAGCACUUGUUGAUGUGAGUGAAGGUCGCGAACCAGUAACUAAAUAUAGCAUAACGAAGGAGGCUGUGUCUAAAGCAGCGGAAGCAGUAAACUCUUUAAAACCCGAAACAUUUGACAUACGGUUCAAUCCAGACUGUUUUUCCACAACUGCUGCUGAGUUCAUAGUGACCACUCAAUUGCCCGAGUUCGUCUCAAAUUGUCUUGAUGCUGCCAUCAGUCCCAUCGACGGUGAGAGUCUCUGCGAUUUGAUGCAUACGCGUGGAAUCAACGUUAGAUACCUGGGCGACGUCGAACAAUUAAGUUGUGCUAUUUCCCAUCUUCUUAAUGCGGUGUUUGGAAACCUAGCGUUUGAUCAUGGCGCUGGAGCAUACACGGAGAGAAACACAAAAAGGAACGGCAGAAAGUCAAAGAAAACAUCAACAACCAGUGAAUGGGCUGCUUUCAAUACAAGGGAAUUUUGGAUAGCUCUCUGCCAUGAGGCCAAAAAUUAUUACGCUUUCGACCUUAAGGCCGAUUCUAUUGAGUCUGUCGUCGAUCAAUAUGGUGUACAGAAAAUUUCACUUCUUCGUCGUUUAUGUGGUAUGCUUGGCAUUCAGCUACUCAUUAAAGACUACCAACUUGAUUCUAAUUCGACUAGGACUCGUCUACCUUUUACAGCAGAUGACGUUCAAAACUUAUUUCCGGUGACAAAGCAUAGACAGCCGUGCGCUAACGACGCGAAGAAGCUGUUUAAUCGCGGCCAGAAAGCGAUGCAUAUUGGACAUUUACGUGAAGCAUAUGAGUACAUUGCAGAAUCAGUGAACUUGAUGUCCUCCGUCUAUGGUUCGAUGCAUGGUGAACUUGCUCAAGCUCUGCGUAUGUUAGCUCGCCUUGCUUAUAUACUCGGAGAUCUCGCUGAAGCUGUCGCACAACAAUAUCGCGCAACAUUGAUGAGCGAACGAUGCAAUGGAAUCGACAAUGCGUAUACUAUUAUUGAAUAUGUAAACUUGGCCCACUUCGCUUUUUCAAAUCUCUACAUUCCUGCCUCCCUCAGAAUCCUUUACCGCGCUCGUUAUUUGCUGCUUAUUGCAUAUGGAGAAAAUCAUCCAUUAAUGGCGCAAAUAGAUGGAAAUAUUGGUGUUAUUUUAUUCGCCGUUCACGAAUUCGAUGCUGCAUUACGCUUUUUGACUUCUUCUGAGGCUGUCAUGACAGCUAAUAGGGAGCCUAAACGUCUUAAGUCAGCCAUAAUACAACACAUUGCUGCUCGCGCGCAUGCAUCUCGUGGAGAUUUCCGCGCGGCCCUUGCUGCAGAGAAAGAAACAUACUUUAUCUACAAUGGUUUGCUCGGACCUGAGCACGAAAAAACAAAGGAAUCGAGCGAAUACCUCAGUCAACUAACAAUGCAAGCGGUCGCCUUCCAGAGAAAGGUCAUGGAUGCCACGAAAGGUAAUUCGGUCGGUCCACUCCUACCCACUCAGCUUCCUCAACCAUCGUUGUCGUCGAUUCUUGAAGUCUUAAAUGUUUUAAACGGAAUCAUUAUCAUUUCCGUCGGUGGCCUUCCGAAUGCCAUCGACUAUACGGAAAUAGUGGAAGGUAAGCCGAGCCCGAGAUCACUUCGGAUGAUCGACGAGGCACUCGACUAA